GAGGUGGUGGCACACCUAGACGGCCGGCCCAUGUCGAAACUGAAAAAUAUCAUUGCAAAUCAAGUAAGUUGCAAUGUGACUCAGUUGUUUUAAGUUUCAUUCCCAUUAUUACUGUUAUUUAACUAUUACAUUAUGCAGGCUUUAUUAUCAUAAUUUUUUUUUGUUAUUCUUUUGAAUGUGUUAGAUUCGUGGUAUAGUUCGCAAGAAGCACACAUUCCCAAACUACAAGAUACGAUUCAAACCUUUCUUCUCACCGCGCGCUGACCUGGAGACAGAAGUUGACCCCCAACUUCAGGUCGACGGCAAUGACAUAGGCAACGGGGUACUGGAGGUGACCGUCUUAUCGGCCAGCCGUCUGCCAUUUGUUCCCCCGGGAUCCAGAAUGUACUGUACAGUUUGUGUUGGUAGGCCAACUGUGUACAUGGUAGUACUUAAAAAGCAAUAUAUUUCAAGGUUUUGCUGUACAUCAGCUAAUAUUCUUAUAACAGUAUGUAUUAAGGUUUAGCUAAUUGGACUAAUGAAAAUUUGCAUUGCAGAACUAUAUACAAAGCAGACAUAUAAGGUCAGGAUUGAUAUUAUCCUUUUGUGUAAUGUGCCCUUCCCCCCCCUCUCUCUCUCUCUCUCUCUCUCUCUCUCAACAUUUUCAAUUUUUUCCCAUAGCUACAGCUGUAUAAUGUGUCUAAAAAUAUAAAUACCUCUGUAUGUGUUAGGAUUAUCCUUUCCACCUUUAUACCGGUUAGUUCACUUGAGUUUUUAAGAAUUGCACUGUCAGUUCUGUUUUUGUGUGUGUAUAUUCCAUAGAUAGCCUUCCUUGGAAACAAUUGAUGGCUGAGAGGAGGAAAAAUAAGAAAAUAGUCACCUUGGUUUUAGUGAAGACUCCAGCAGACCCUGCACUUGGGAUGGUCGUUAAAGAUGUAUGUGCCAAACACUGCUGAUAGUUUUAGCCUGCUGGGCCCGAUUGUUGAAUUUUUCAAAUACAUCUAUAUAUAUAUAUUGCAAUUUGACCAUUUGAAAAUUAAUUUUAAAAAAAUAAAGAAUAUGUUAAUAUAAAACUGUAAAAUAAUCAAUUACAAGAGUUAAUUGAUGUAUGCACACACUAAUCCAUUACAACAGUUAAUUGAUGUAUGCACACACUAAUCCAUUACAACAGUUGAUUGAUGUAUGCCCACACUAAUCCAUUACAACAGUUAAUUGAUGUAUGCACACACUAAUCCAUUACAACAGUUAAUUGAUGUAUGCCCACACUAAUCCAUUACAACAGUUAAUUGAUGUAUGCCCACACUAAUCCAUUACAACAGUUAAUUGAUGUAUGCACACACUAAUCCAUUACAACAGUUAAUUGAUGUAUGCGCACACUAAUCCAUUACAACAGUUAAUUGAUGUAUGCCCACACUAAUCCAUUACAACAGUUAAUUGAUGUAUGCCCACACUAAUCCAUUACAACAGUUAAUUGAUGUAUGCCCACACUAAUCCAUUACAACAGUUAAUUGAUGUAUGCCCACACUAAUCCAUUACAACAGUUAACUGAUGUAUGACCAUACUAUCUAAAGCUAGUUUAGAUUUCUCAAUUAAUGUGUGCUUGAAAUCUGUUAAGAUGUGUUUAUGGAAGCACAUCUGAAAUAUGGCUCUACUUCCAUUGCUAGCAAUUAAUUAUAAUUUAAAUAAGCAAAUAGUCUAAUACAAUGUACAAAAGAAAUAACGUUGGGCAGCCAGAGACCCAUGAUUCUUUAAGGACCCACAAAAAUACCAAUAGCAAAUCACCCCCCCCCCAACCAAACCACGCACACACUCACGCACACACUUUUCCCACGAACAGCGGCAUUCCCGGAAUGAUCCCUAGGACUGAUUGACAAAUUACUGCUUCCAGUUAUAUAGGAAAUGCAUUAUAAUAAAUGGGGAGGACGCCACUAUGCAAUAGCCCCUGAUUCAGGUUCCUUUGACUGUUCCCCGUUUCACCAAACCAUGGUGACAUAUAGUAACCCUGUAUUUGCUGGUGGGUUGAAGCAGAUAGGGGGAUCUUUAUUGGUACCCUCUUGCAAAGGUCUCCCCACUAAAUUGUGGGAUAUCAAUAAAUUUCUUUAAAGCCCUAGCUGCAAGGCUUAAAAAAAUUAAUUGCCAGCCUUUGUUCCCCUCGCCUUGUAUGCAUUUCAUGACAACUGAUCCUCCUUGCAGAGGCAGCUCUGGUGCCCUGAUGCAAACCAGGCACCGAAGUAAACAAAUUAGUGUUUUUAAUAAUUGCACAUCCACAAAUCCUAGAAAAACUUCAAGAGGCCCUGCCCCCCCCCCCCCCCCCCCCUAGUCUGGGAUUAAAAUAGUUGAUAUCUGCCUACUGUCAGCUCACUGCCAGAGACAACUGGUUCAUUGAAAGUAAACUGACAAGUUUCUCUGUUAUGAGCAUAUAUAUUUUUCUUAAUGCCCCAGGAGCUGCUACCUGAUAGACUGCAACCUGUGGUUAUCAUUGAUGAAGUUACUCCCAAUUCACCAGCACAUCAAGCUGGAGUGCACCAGGUGGGUCUCAUUAACAAAUAUUUAUGA